GCGUGGCGCGGCGCGCGGCCUCCGGGUGCCUAGGCUCGGGGCGGCGGGCGGUGACGCCUCAUUCUCGCGGAGCCGGGCCGGGGACACGGUCGGACGGCGGCGACAUGAACAGCAUCAAGAACGUGCCGGCGCGGGUGCUGAGCCGCAGGCCGGGCCACAGCCUGGAGGCCGAGCGCGAGCAGUUCGACAAGACGCAGGCCAUCAGCAUCAGCAAAGCCAUCAACAGCCAGGAGGCCCCUGUGAAGGAGAAGCAUGCCCGGCGCAUCAUUCUGGGCACUCACCAUGAGAAGGGGGCCUUCACCUUCUGGUCCUACGCCAUUGGCCUGCCGCUGCCCAGCAGCUCCAUCCUCAGCUGGAAGUUCUGCCAUGUCCUUCACAAGGUCCUCCGAGACGGACACCCCAACGUGCUGCAUGACUGCCAGCGGUACCGGAGCAACAUACGGGAGAUCGGCGACCUGUGGGGGCACCUCCGUGACCAGUAUGGACACCUGGUGAAUGUCUAUACCAAACUGUUGCUGACCAAAAUCUCCUUCCACCUCAAGCACCCCCAGUUUCCUGCAGGCCUGGAGGUAACAGACGAGGUGCUGGAGAAGGCGGCUGGAACUGAUGUUAAUAACAUUUUCCAGCUUACCGUGGAGAUGUUUGACUACAUGGACUGUGAACUGAAGCUUUCGGAAUCAGUCUUCCGGCAGCUCAACACAGCCAUUGCCGUGUCCCAGAUGUCCUCCGGCCAGUGCCGCUUGGCGCCCCUCAUCCAGGUCAUCCAGGACUGCAGCCACCUGUACCACUACACGGUGAAGCUCAUGUUCAAGCUGCACUCCUGUCUCCCAGCGGACACCCUGCAAGGCCACAGGGACCGGUUCCACGAACAGUUUCACAGCCUCAAAAACUUCUUCCGCCGAGCCUCGGACAUGCUCUACUUCAAGCGGCUCAUCCAGAUCCCAAGACUGCCCGAGGGACCCCCCAAUUUCCUGCGGGCCUCAGCCCUGGCUGAGCACAUCAAGCCUGUGGUGGUGAUCCCGGAGGAGGCCCCGGAAGAUGAGGAGCCUGAGAACCUCAUUGAGAUUAGCAGUGGGCCCCCUGCCGGGGAGCCCGUGGUGGUGGCUGACCUCUUCGAUCAGACCUUUGGACCUCCCAAUGGCUCCGUGAAAGAUGACAGGGACCUCCAGAUUGAGAACUUGAAGAGAGAGGUGGAGAGCCUCCGUGCUGAGCUGGAGAAGAUCAAGAUGGAGGCCCAGCGGUACAUCUCCCAGCUGAAGGGCCAGGUCAAUGCCCUGGAGGCAGAGCUGGAGGAGCAGCGGAAGCAGAAGCAGAAGGCCAUGGUGGACAACGAGCAGCUGCGCCAUGAGCUGGCCCAGCUGAAGGCCAUGCAGCUGGAGGGCGCCCGGAACCAGGGCCUGCGAGAAGAGGCGGAGAGGAAAGCCAGUGCCACGGAGGCACGCUACAGCAAGCUGAAGGAGAAACACAAUGAACUCAUCAACACGCAUGCAGAGCUGCUCAGGAAGAACGCAGACACAGCCAAGCAGCUGACGGUGACGCAGCAGAGCCAGGAAGAGGUGGCCCGGGUGAAGGAGCAGCUGGCCUUCCAGAUGGAACAAGUGAGGCGAGAGUCGGAGAUGAAGAUGGAGGAGCAGAGUGACCAGCUGGAGAAGCUCAAGAGGGAGCUGGCAGCCCGAGCCGGAGAGCUGGCCCACGCACAGGAGGCCCUGAGCCGCACAGAGCAGAACGGGUCGGAGCUGAGCUCCCAGCUGGACACCCUGAGUGCGGAAAAGGAUGCGCUGAGCGGAGCCGUGCGGCAGCGGGAAGCAGAGCUGCUGGCUGCCCAGAGCAUGGUGCGGGAGAAGGAAGCCGCCCUCAGCCAGGAGCAGCAGCGCAGCUCCCGGGAGAAGGACGAGCUGCAGGGGCGGCUGGCCGAAAAGGAGGCUCAGGAGCAGGGUCUGCGGCAGAAGCUGCUGGAUGAGCAGUUCGCAGUGUUGCGGAGCGCUGCCGCCGAGGCCGAGGCCAUUGUGCGGGAUGCGGUGAGCAAGCUGGAUGACCCUCUGCACCUGCGCUGCACGAGCUCUCCAGACUACCUGGUGAGCCGGGCCCAGGCAGCCCUGGACACGGUGAGCGCCCUGGAGAAGAGCCACACCCAGUACCUGACUUCCUCCGAGGAUGCUUCUGUCCUGGUGGCAGCGUUGACCCGAUUCUCCCACCUGGCCGCGGACACCAUCAUCAAUGGCGGUGCCACCUCCCACCUGGCCCCCACCGACCCUGCUGACCGCCUGAUUGACACUUGCAGAGAAUGUGGAGCCCGGGCUCUAGAGCUCAUGGGACAGCUGCAGGACCGGACAGUGCUACCGAGGGCCCAGCCCAGCCUGCUGCGGGCCCCCCUGCAGGGGAUUCUUCAGCUGGGCCAGGAUCUGAAGCCGAAGAGCCUGGAUGUGCGGCAAGAGGAGCUAGGGGCCAUGGUUGACAAGGAGAUGGCCGCCACCUCUGCAGCCAUUGAGGAUGCUGUGCGGAGGAUUGAGGACAUGAUGAACCAGGCCCGCCAUGAGAGCUCCGGAGUGAAACUGGAGGUCAAUGAGAGGAUCCUCAACUCCUGCACAGACCUGAUGAAGGCCAUCCGGCUCCUCGUGAUGACCUCCACCAGCCUACAGAAGGAAAUCGUGGAGAGCGGCAGGGGGGCAGCCACGCAGCAGGAAUUUUAUGCCAAGAAUUCACGGUGGACCGAAGGCCUCAUCUCUGCCUCUAAGGCAGUGGGCUGGGGAGCCACACAGUUGGUGGAGUCGGCUGACAAGGUGGUGCUUCACAUGGGCAAAUACGAGGAACUCAUCGUCUGCUCACACGAGAUUGCAGCCAGCACGGCCCAGCUGGUGGCAGCCUCAAAGGUGAAAGCCGACAAGCACAGCCCCCACCUGAGCCGGCUGCAGGAAUGUUCCCGCACUGUCAACGAGAGGGCCGCCAACGUGGUGGCCUCCACCAAGUCGGGCCAGGAGCAGAUCGAGGACAGAGACACCAUGGAUUUCUCCGGCCUGUCCCUCAUCAAGCUGAAGAAGCAGGAGAUGGAGACACAGGUGCGGGUCUUGGAGCUGGAGAAGACGCUGGAGGCGGAGCGUGUGCGGCUGGGGGAGCUGCGCAAACAGCACUAUGUACUGGCCGGGGUGAUGGGGACGCCCGGUGAGGAAGAACCCAGCAGACCCAGCCCAGCUCCCCGAAGUUCGGCCACCAAGAAGCCACCCUUGGCCCAGAAACCCAGCAUAGCCCCCAGGCCAGACAACCAGCUCAACAAGAAGGAUGGUGUCUACCCAGCUCAACUCGUGAACUACUAGGCCCUCUGAGGUGUUCAGCAGGAUGGCUGCUGGUCAUGCCUGGGCCUCGUGUAACCAUCUGUGGUCAAGGGGCCUCAGAGUCGUCCAAUGGCUGCACCUGGAGCCC